AUGAAAAAAGUAGUAGCAAAUAGUGACGGAAGUAACGAUUUGAUUACUGUAAUAGUAAUCACGCAUAAGAAUAUGAACAAAAUAGUAAUUUUGUCUGUUAUGAAAAAGAUUAUUGAUCGAUACGUAGAGUUUAGAAUCAAGGUGCAAGAGUCAUCUACAGAUCAAAAUGGUAAGAUUAAAUUAGGUGAAUUUAAGCUCAAGAUGAAUCAAAUCAUUAAGCAUGAAGAAGCGAAUCAGGAUUUAAAACAGCAUUCAACUAAUUAUGGUUCAAUAAACCCAGGGAGCCAAAUUGACGGCAGUGAUCAAUAUGACGCGGAUCCUACUCAUCUUUUAUUGGCAAAUGAAGAAGUCGAUGAAGUAAGACAAAUAAUGACUGACAACAUAAAUAAUUUGAUGGCAAGAGGUGAUAAGAUCAACCUUUUGGUUGACCAAACUGAUAGGUUGGCGAGUUCGGCGCUGAUGUUCCAGAAAAAGGCGCAAUUAAUUAGGCGUAAAAUGUGGAUCAAUAAAACCAAAUUUAUCAUCCUACUAACAAUCCUCUUCCUAUUCCUUCUUUAUUUUUUUAUUGGAUUGGAAUGUGGGCUUCCUACUUAUAGAAAAUGCAUUCGACAUUGA